AGUGGAGGAAAUCUAGGUCGUGAUUUAUGGAGUUGGAGCCAAUCGACGUUCUACUAUGGAUGCAGUAACGCUUCGAAAACGUUUCAAACUGCUAAUAGGAAAAAACUUCCCGACCGAUACUUGUUGAUUGCUACCAGUGGAGGGUUAAAUCAACAGCGAACAGGGAUAAUAGACGCUGUUGUUGCAGCAUAUAUAUUAAACGCAACUCUGGUUAUUCCCAGGCUAGACCAGCAAUCAUAUUGGAAAGAUACCAGUUGUUUUGCUGAAAUAUUCGAUGUCAACUGGUUCAUUUCGUAUCUCUCUCGGGAUGUUGAAAUCAUCAAAGAGCUACCACCAAAGGGAGGUAAAGCUUGGAUUCCACGAACCAUUCGUGUUCCAAGGAAGUGUGAUCCAACAUGCUACGAGACUCGUGUUCUACCUGUUCUAAAUAGAACACAGGCUGUUGAGCUUACAAAGUUUGAUUAUAGGCUUUCAAACAGGUUAGACACAGAAUUACAAAAACUAAGAUGUAGGGUAAACUAUCAUGCUUUAAGGUUCACAGAUCCCAUUCUCAAAAUGGGUAAACUCUUGGUUGAAAGGAUGAAGAUGAAAGCCAAACAUUUCAUUGCCUUGCACUUGAGGUUUGAACCUGAUAUGCUUGCAUUUUCCGGAUGUUAUUAUGGUGGAGGAGAUAAAGAAAGGGCUGAACUCGGAGCAAUUCGGAAAAGGUGGAAAACUUUACAUGCAAGCAACCCUGAAAAAGUAAGAAGGAAAGGAAAAUGCCCGCUGACACCGGAGGAAGUUGGUCUAAUGCUAAGAGCAUUGGGGUUUGGAAGUGAUGUUCACAUUUACGUCGCGUCAGGUGAUGUAUAUGGAGGUGAAGAGUCAUUGGCUCCACUCAAAGGACUCUUCCCUAAUUUUCAUUCAAAACAAACUAUAGCUACCAAGGAGGAGUUGGCACAAUUUUCUUCAUUUUCAGGUCGUAUGGCCGCAUUGGAUUAUAUUGUUUGCGAUGAAACCGAUGUCUUCGUCGCAAACAACAACGGAAACAUGGCUAGAAUGUUAGCUGGUCGGAGGAGAUACUUUGGACACAAACCAACAAUCCGACCUAAUGCUAGGAAGCUGUACAAAUUGUUCUUGGACCGGAAUAACAUGACAUGGGAAGAGUUUUCCUCUAGGGUUCGAACUUAUCAGAUCGGCUUCAUGGGAGAGCCGAAUGAAAUGAAACCCGGCAAGGGUGAGUUUCAUGAAAACCCAGAUAGCUGUUUAUGUCAAGCUAGAGGAAUUGAAACAAUUGAAGAGAAAAACAGGAAAGAUGCUGUUGAAAUGAGUGAUGAAUAUCAGUCUAUAGAGGAUCCAGAUUGGAUUGAUGUUGAUUACUUAUAUAAAAUUGAAGAGUUCAUGUCAGAUUAAAUAUUCUUCGGUUAUUUUGUGGUUGGUGUUAGUUCCGAUUAGAAUCACUUGAGGUCCGGAUCGAAUUCUAGUUUAGAUAAGAUUACUUGCCAAGCAAGGAACUGUUUUCUUCUGUGUACAUAAAAAGGCAUGGCAAUAGCAAAUUGUCAAUUGAGGUUAGGACAUCCAGCUUAUAUAAAUCACAUAACUAGGCAUAGAGUAGAAGAAGCUUAUUAUUAUUAUUGUUAUUAUUAUUAUUAUUAUGUUGGACAUUUUUACCGUAAGGUAAUGAUGGGUUUAUGAUUAAAGGAAAA